AUGUCAUUCGAUGAGUUUCAGUUAUUUCAGAAGCUUCCACCAGAACUGAGAAUACAGAUUUGGAAAGAAGCUUGUAUGGAGCCGCGAAUUGUCGAGGUAGUGUUCCACACUUAUAUUCACUUUUCCGUUCCGGAGAAUGAGACCUACAGCAUCUUUACAACUCAAACCCCAGCUCCGGCCGUCUUGCAUGUCUGUCCUGAGGCACGAGAGGAGGGUCUCAAGCACUAUACUAGGAUAUUCAGAAUAGCUCCGAUCGCUCCUGAUUACUGGAGAGACAGAGUCAUAUACAUCAACUCGGCGAAAGACACGGUAUGUUUAACAUUUGGGUACAACCACGCUCGGCGUCUUAUAGAAGACGAUUACGCCCUGGUGGCUGGCUUGCUCCAAGAGCGUUGGUUCAAUGAGGAGACUGUUGGCUUGAUACAGCGUAUUGCAAUUGAAAUACCUGUUCUAUCGCACCCAGAGUGGUAUAAACUUGGACUCAUAUUGAGCAUUCUUCCCGACUUGAGGGAGGCAAUAAUGGUAGUCGGCCCAAUAAACAUCAGAGGGAGAAGAAAUGUGAGAUUUGUGGAUCUCACUACGCUGGAGGAGAGUCAUUUGCUUUGUCCCAAAACAUCUUGCCACAUUGAGGCGACGAGAAGAUAUAUUGCUAGUAUUGAUACAGGACUGGAAAUCAGACUACCGCCACUCAUCAGCUUUAAGCGUCUGUAAAGGUUCCGAGGGUGUUGGAAUGAUUCGGGUUGACUAAAUUGCUGAGAGAAGUGGCUUCGGAUGGAUAGCCAGAAUAGAACGGAGUGCUGGAGAUUAGGAAUACACACACAUGAGUAGAUUGGUCC